GGGACAGGCGCGGCCCCGCCCCUCCCGCCCCUCCCCGCCUGGCGGGCCGGAAGGGGCGGGGCCGGGCGUGACGUGGCGGGAUGGCGGAGUCCUACGUGAAGCCGGGGAACCAGGAGCGCGGCUGGAACGACCCCCCCCAGUUCUCGUACGGGCUGCAGGCACAAGCCGGGGGCUCCCGCCGGACCCCGCUCACCCGCCGGGCCCCCGCCCCGCCCGCGGGGGCAUCCCCAGCGCCGCCGCCCCGGGCGCUGGGGCCGCCCCCGCAGGGCUCUGCCGGCGCUGCCCCGCGGGCCGAGGCCCGGCCGAGCGCGGCGUGCCCGGAGCAGGAGCAGUGCAGCGUGUCCGCCGACACCGUCCUCGCCCCGCUGCGGGCCGCCCUGGACUCCUGCCGGGCCACGGUGCAGAAACAAGUGUGCAAUGACAUCGGGCGGCGGCUGACAGUGCUGGAGGACGCGUGGGCUCAGGGGAAGCUGUCGGCACCAGUGAGGAAGAGGAUGAGCCUCCUGGUGCAAGAGCUUCAGCAGCAGCACUGGGAUGCAGCUGACGAGAUCCACCGCUCGCUUAUGGUGGACCACGUGAACGAGGUGAGCCAGUGGAUGGUGGGCGUGAAGCGCCUCAUCGCUGAGACGCGGGACCUGCCCACCGGAGAGACGGACGGCAGCGCUGACACCGAGCCUGCGACCGAACCCGCGCCCGCGCCCGAGCCCGAGCAGGAGGAGCCCUGACACCAGGGACGGGGCUGUGAACUGUGAGCGGGGCAGCCCCUGCCCAGGGCCACCGGCAGGAACAGGGCCCCUGCUGCUGGAGGGAGUCUGGGCACCCCCUCUGUCUCCCAAUCCUCAUCCAGGAAAAGGGGAUUUUAAUCAUUGCGACAUUUUAGUGGCGAUUCAUUAUGUUUAAUAAACAGCACCAACCUGCCCCCUC